UAAACAUGCAAUGCUGUUGUCCAAAUAUAGCACUAGUGAAAAUAAAUGCCUCAACACUUACCAGAAGACCUUCAGUCACUUCAGUCAACUUUUUCUUUCUGAAGGAGAGAGAUCUGAGGAGAUUUAUUUCAUAGGGUUUUCUGAACACAGUCAUGAUGGAUGUAUUUGGUUGUGCGAAGUAUCUUUCUUGCUAUUUUAAUGACAUGAGAUAACAUGCAAUGUAGUAGGAUGGAGUCUUUUCAAUCUCUUCUUUCUGUCAUUUCAAAAGGGAGAAAGUUGUGGAAAUAUAGAUUGGACCAUGACCCUGAAAAGGGAAGAACAAGAUUGAAACUACAGGGGAAAGAGCUUGUUUCUGUUCCAACUGAGAUUUUUGACUUGGAGGAACUGCAGAUCUUAGACAUGAGCCCAGAGAGAGAAAGCUGCUUGACUUAUAGGUUGGAUUUGGUUCCCAAAGAAAUUGGACAGCUGAGGAAUUUGUCUGUUCUGUGCUUAGAUACCAACGAGCUUAAAAGCAUUCCUUCUGAGAUUGGCACACUUGGAAAUCUGGAGAGACUGACUCUCAGCAAUAACAAUCUGACUUUCCUACCAGAAGAAAUUGGGAAGUUACAAAAGCUUACUAGUCUGCAUCUUGCAAAUAACUUAUUUCAAGAUUUCCCAGUGCAGAUUUGCAUUCUGAGGAAGCUCACAUUCUUGGAUAUCUCAGAUAACAAGGUUAAGGCGAUGUCUGAUAGUAUUCAAAACCUGACAAAGCUCGAAACGCUCCUCCUCUUCUUCAACAGAUUGGAAAGUUUACCUAACAGCUUCUGUAAUCUGAGGAGUCUUCAGACCUUGUGGUUGGGAAAAAACAGGUUGAGAGCACUACCUGAAGGAUUUGGAAAACUAGUGAACUUGGAUUGGGGGAAUAAUCAGUGUUCCUCAAACUUUGAAGACAACCCACUUGAAAGGCCACCUGUGGAGACCUGCAGAGGAGGCCCGAAACAAAUAGAACUUUACUUUGCAACUUGGGGCAAUAGAGAGAAUGAUUAGUGUAUUUUAAACAGAAAUGUUGUUCAUUUUCAGAAGAAAAAAGGAAAUAUAAUAAAAUAUUUUAGCAAAGACUUUAAGUAAAACUUGAAUGCCGUCACUGUUAUUUAUAGCUAUGUAUAUCAAUUAUGCAGCCUUCAGUCUUUACUUUGUAAUGCAGACUUCAGAACUUUGCAACUUGGGGCAAUAGAGAUAAUGAUUAACAUUUUCUAAUACAGAAGUGCCGUUCUUUUUCAGAAGAAGAAAGGAAAUAGAAUAAAUGGUUUAAUGAAGUCUUUAGGUAAAGUUUUGAAUGCCAUCAAUGUUAUUUGUAGCUAUGCAUAUCAAUUAGAUGAACUCUAUGCAGACUUAAUCUUUACUUCGUUAUGCAGACUUCAGAACUUUACUUUGUAACUUUGGGCAAUAGAGAUAAUAAUUAGUAUACUUUAUUACAGAAAUGCUGUUCUUUUUCAAUUGUGCAGACUUCAGUCAUAAUAUGCUGACGAUAUAAAAUUCCCAUUAAUCAUAUAGUAUUACAAAAUGCAAAUGUUCAUUUUGUGAGAAUAGCUGAAUGCUUU